AUGAAACUUCACCUCUACCUCGCCCUGGGUCUGGCACCGGUACCUAUCCUGGCCAAUCUCAACGCCUACGAGAUCCUAAUGUUCUACGACAUGUACCGUUCCGACUACGAAAAGGACUCCAGCAGCGUCAAGAUUGCAAAAGGGUGCAAGGACUGCGACUUUGAACAGUUCGUCAUCCAUAUCGACCGGUUGAACAUAUUCAGCGACAUAGACGGCGGUUUCGUGGACCCCAAGAACCCCGGCCUCGACGAGAUCGAGGGCUGGGGAGAUAGCGACGAGCUCGUCUACGACGCCAAAAAGCUCCUCGGCGGUCUGUGGCGCGACGAGGACAACUCCUCCAGGCCGGGCCACCCGACCGUCAUCGAGCGGCUGGUGGACAGGAUGACGGAGCUGCGCAAAGACGGCGACCCGGCGCGGCUGGAGCAGAUCACGGGGGCCAUGGAGUACGCGCACUACAGCCGACGCUCGUCCCAGGCCAAGGACCUCCUCGCCUAUGUCGACGGCCGCCUCUCCAAGGAACGGCUGGGCAAGGGCAAGACGAGGUCGGUCGGCUACUUUGGCGGGGUGUUUGACGAGUUCGAUUCGACAGCCACCAUCGAGUCGGUGCAGCAGACCAAGAGGGCGGCGAUGCGCAAGGAGAUCGUCGCCAUCGGCAGAGACAUCAAUAGCGGCUCCGUAAGCACUUCGUCCAACAGCAAACGGAGCCUGGCGAACAAUCAGCUGUUGAAGCGGGCCUUUGGAGAUGGAAUGACGGUCAUGUCCUUGCAGAGGGGCUUAGACACCCUGAGGAUGCCGUCUCGGCGUAAAUGUUAG